GCAGGGAGGCCCGGGGUGAUGGGCAGACGGCAGGUGCAGCCCCCGACGGGGCCCAGCUCAUCACCGCCGGAGGACGAGGAGACCCGGGACCCGGAGGAGGCUGCGGCGGCGGCCGCAGCGGCACCUGCCGCCAGCCUGCCCACCCUCCGGCCGCGGACACUCGAGGAACCGCCCCCUCCACCCGCGGCCGCCGGCGGGCCGCUCGUGCGCGCGCGCACAGGUCCCCACCUCCCCCGCCGUCCCCGGAGCCGCUGCGCAUGCUCACUCUCCCCCCUCCCCUCGACCCGCCGCCCUCCGACAGCCUGCCGGCCCCCAAAGCCCUCCUCCUCCCCCUCCCCGCGCGCGCGAGCUCGGGUGGCUGACGGCGCCGAGCGUCGGCCCGCAGUGGGGCGGAGGGAAGCGCGGCCUACGUCACUAGCGCCACCGCCCGGCCCCGCCGCUGAUUGGGUGCUCCGAGGGAACCACCUCCACCCCCUCCCCGCCCCCAGACCCCGGGCGCGCGCCUGGUGUGAGCUGGAGUCUUGCUCCGGGGCGGAGCUGGGGGCGGAGAUGCUGGACUCGAAGCGUGCGGGGCAGCCCUGACCCACCUUGUGGGGAGCCGGGGUGCUCAAGCGCGUGGGAUGGGUUCUGUGGCAUUACAGCUCUUUGGCCUCAAAAUGCUUUUAAUAAAGAUGUUUGAGUACAAGUUUUGUUUUUUUUUAAGGGUGUAAAUAUCUCAACGUUUUAGAUGUAUUAAAAUUUGCGUUUUUUUUUUUUUUUUUCAAGUAAGUCAGCUGAUCUGGCUAGGUCACAACCUGCAGAAUACAUUUCUAAGCCGCUAAAAAAGAAAUAGACCCGCUGUAUCAUUCAUCCAGUCCUUCCCGCUUCAAGAAUUUGGGCCUCCCGUGGCGCUAGCAUCCGAAAUCACCUAUUGGCCCAGGGAUCCGGAGGUGUCCUACUCCUGAAUGCCGUCCUCUAGUCUCGCUCUCUUUUCGUUGCAAUAUUCUUUUUAUCUAAAUUGUCAGAGUCUCUGUUGUUUUUUUUCCCCCUACGACUGAAACUAUACUCUCUUCCCUUGGCUUGCUGCUUUUCUCUGUGUCCAACCUGAGCCCGAGGAGCUGUCUGAUUUACAACUACAGCAAAUUCAUUUAUUAACUCCUCCUUGAAGGAUGAAACCUUUUAACUUGAAAAAUUAAAGCUAAAUUUUGGCGAUAACAUAAAUAUACACUAGGCAGCCCCCUCCUCCUCUCCAGCCUUUUUCAACUGCUCUGCUUUCUGGAAAAGAAAAUCGACAAAGAGAAAUAAAGAAGUUCAUGUGUUAGCUAAAUCACCAAGUAUAUCUGGCCAAAGCACAGAGGGACUGAAUCACCUCUAAGUGAUCUUGGUGACCACUUUAAAAAUAAUUUUAUAUGUAUGUAAUUGUCUGUUGUGUAUAUCUGUUUGAUUCA